AUGCAGCAAGAGCAACCAGGCGCACCCAACGUUGAAGUCGACCUUGACCAGCAUGCGAAUGCGCGCAAAUUGCUCGAGCGCUGUCAGGACUUCUUCGCCCAAGUCGAAAACCUGACCCCCGGCAAAGAUCUCGAGCGACAUUUGAACGAAAACUAUGGGCCAGGCCAUCCGAUAUACGAAGACAUCUGUGCGUUGACCAGGAAAGGAGUGGAAGAAGGUUGGGCUGCAAAUAUCGCCAUUGACGGACGACCCCAUUAUCGACGUUCAAAAAUUGCUCUACCUCGAGAAGACACACGCUUCUUCAGCAUUACAACAGUGUAUAUGCAGUCCGACGAGGUAUUCUCGGGACAGUAUCACUCGCAUCCCUAUGGCGAGAUCAACUGCGUAGUCCAGAUUGAUAAGACGGCGGAACUGAUGGGUAUGCAAGGCUGGCAGGGGGCAGGUUGGACUAGCCCUGGACCAGGAACUCACCACUACCCACAAGUUCGUGGUGGAGCACUGAUUGCGUUGUUUUUUCUGCCAGCCGGUCGUAUCAGCUACAGUGCCAGUCCAGGUGACCCCCAACCAGUCUCACUCUAG